AGGGUGCCGCCGGAUUUCAUACGUGGGUGGGGGAUGCGGCAGUUUCAGUCGACUGGUGAGGAUACAUGGUGUGCAAGGUUAGCGGAUGAAGGAGAUGUUCAGUUGCAGUUUCCGUGGUAAUUUGAUUUCGAGACAGUGUGACUCAAGCCAGGUGAGAGCAUCCAUCAUGCGUUUUUUCGCCUCGCUGGUGCGUGAAAGCAUGCAAACCUAUUCAACACAGUCAUUAUCCUUUUCAAAGUUUGCACAUGACGUAUGGAAAUUUGGGUUGUCGUCGUGAUGGAUCUCGGCCUGAGCCGGUGUUGGCGACAGCAGCGGAGAAGAAUACACGGCCACGCCGGCACGACGCGCAUCUUGCCUGGACCAGUGGAGGCGCGGCAAUUGGUCUACUAUCAUGGAGAGUCCAGCUCAUUCUGACGAUCUUCGGGUGGCCAAGUAUGGCGCAGCAGUGUACCGCACAGGCGUUGCCGAAGCUCCUGGCGGACGACGGAGCUGGUGGCGACAGGUUCGGCUACUCGGUGGAUAUGAGCUCCGACGGGAGCUUGGUGGUGGUGGGGUCCUACGGAGAUGACGACAGCGGUUCUGGUUCUGGGUCCGCGUACGUCUUCGAUGCGACCACCGGCGCGCAGCUGUACAAGCUCCUGGCGGACGACGCGGCCGCUGGUGACGGAUUCGGCUCCUCAGUAUCCGUGAGUUCUGAUGGGAGCAGGGUGCUGGUGGGGGCCGUGGGGGUGCCAUAUGAAGGCUAUGGGUCUGCGUACGUCUUCAAUGGGACUACUGGGGAGCAGCUGCACAAGUUUGUGGCGGACGACGGGGCCGCUGGUGAUGAUUUCGGGUACUCGGUGUCUGUGAGUUCUGAUGGGAGCCAGGUAGUCGUUGGGGCCUCCGGAGAUGGCGAUCGCGGUUCUUAUUCUGGGUCUGCGUACGUCUUCGAUGGGGCCAGUGGAUCACGCUUGCACAAGCUCCUGGCGGACGACGGGGCCAUCGGCUCUUUUUUUGGCGGGUCGGUGUCUGUGAGUUCUGACGGGAGUCGGAUAGUCGUUGGGGCCUACGGAGACAGCGACAGUGGAUAUCUUUCUGGGUGCGCGUACGUCUUUGAUGGGGCCACAGGGGCACAGCUGCACAAGCUGUUGGCGGACGACGGGGCCGCUGGCGACUACUUUGGCGGGUCUGUGUCUGUGAGCUCCAACGGUAGCUGGGUGGCGGUGGGCGCUCCCUACACAGGCAAAUCUGGGGCCGCGUACGUCUUCGAUGGGACAACCGGGGCUCAGGUGCACAGGCUCCUGGCGGGCGGCAUCACUGGUGUCGGCAGGUUCGGCUACUCGGUGUCCGUGAGCUCCGACGGGGGCCGGGUGGCGGUGGGGGCCUACGGUGAUGACGGUCGUGGUUCUCAUUCUGGGUGCGCGUACGUCUUCGAUGGGGCCACCGGGGCGCAGUUGCACAAGCUGCUGGCGGACGACGGGGCCGCUGGCGGCUACUUUGGCGUGUCGUUGUCUGUGAGCUCUGACGGCAGCUGGGUGGCGGUGGGAGCACCGGCGUUGGGAGCCCCCCAUGAAAGCGACAGCGAGUCUUACUCUGGGGCCGCGUACGUUUUCGACGGGAGAACUGGUGCGCAGGUGGAUUGGUCCAUCGCCACUGUGGCAGCCAACGCCCGCAAAGUUCCCGCUGGCUUGAGAUGUUGUGUUCCUUUAUGGCUUGUGCCUUUUGCUCUGUAUUAGCUGGACUCGUGCAUUGGCGGCGUUGGGGUUUGGUGUUCGGGCACCGCACCGUUGUUUGGACGAUGCCCGUCUCCAUUGACCCCAUCUGCUCGCUGCUCACUGGUGUCGCUGGAGACAGCGGACUUGGAUAAUGGGGAGGGAUGGCCAGCAGCUGCGCAGCAUCCCCUAGAGGCACGCACCGCCGUCCGUCGCUCGACGAACGAGCACCUGCCUCGGCUGCCAGAGUGAAUGUAGCUCAUACAUGGCGCAGGCCCGCCUGGUCUGGUAUGAGCAAUUUCUCGCGACCCCUGGCAGGGGGACCUCAUCAUCUUCGGCUUCAGGCUCUCAUUCGAGAGCCUCGCGCCAUUCAUUGGCCCUCGAACAGGUGGAUGGUCGAGUGCAUUUGUUUCCGUCUUCCGCCCCCCGUCUUGUUAGGAUCGGGGUUGUUUUCCAUCAGCCGCUUCGCCGCCGGGUUUUUUUACUGAGUAGGCAUUGUGUGUCAUCCUUUAUAGAGUCGUUGUGUGUAGCCUCAUUAUAUUAGUGGUCGCUGGGACCAUGAA